AUGCCCCGUAAAUACACUGCACAUGUGUACGUAGUUAUAUAUCUUUUAUCUUCAUAUUUUCUCUUAGUGUCACUACAAGGUGAUGCCCAAAGGAGACUGUACAGAGAUCUGAUGGCAAAUUACAACCCACUGGUACGACCAGUGUUCAAUGACAGCCAUUCUCUCACAGUGAAUUUCAGCUUCAGUCUGAUGCAGAUCAUGGAUGUGGAUGAGAAGAAUCAAGUUCUAACAACUAACAUAUGGUUACAGCUGUACUGGUAUGAUUACUACCUUCAGUGGAAUGUCUCUGAUUAUCCUGGUGUGACAAGUGUGAGGUUUCCUGAUAGCCAGAUUUGGAAACCUGACAUUUUGCUCUAUAACAGUGCAGAUGAAAGGUUUGAUGCCACCUUUCACACAAAUGUCCUGGUUAGUUCUUCUGGUGCCUGCCAGUACAUGCCACCAGGAAUCUUUAAGAGCACCUGUUACAUUGAUGUUCGCUGGUUCCCAUUUGAUGUUCAGAGGUGUGACCUGAAGUUUGGUUCCUGGACAUAUGGGGGUUGGUCUCUAGACCUCCAGAUGAUCGAGGCUGACAUAACUGGUUAUAUAGCCAAUGGAGAAUGGGAUCUUGUGGAGGUUCCAGGGAGGAGAAAUGAGAGGUUCUAUGACUGCUGUAAGGAACCGUAUCCAGAUGUCACAUUCACCGUAGUGAUGCGGAGACGAACAUUGUACUAUGGGCUGAAUCUGCUCAUCCCCUGUGUUCUCAUCUCCACACUGGCCCUGCUGGUGUUCCUACUACCAGCAGACUCUGGGGAGAAGAUCUCUCUUGGGAUAACUGUGCUGCUGUCAUUGACAGUCUUCAUGCUCUUGGUAGCAGAAAUAAUGCCAGCAACAUCUGACUCAGUGCCAUUAAUAGCUCAGUACUUUGCUACCACUAUGGUCAUUGUUGGCCUGUCUGUGAUAGCCACAGUUUGGGUCUUGCAGUAUCACUACCAUGAUCCUGAUGGAGGAAAAAUGCCCACAUGGACCCGUGUAGUACUGUUGAACUGGUGUGCCUGGUUCCUGAGGAUGAAACGGCCAGGGGAGGACAGAGUCCGUUCAGCCUGCCACAACAAACAGCCACGUGGCAGCCUCUCCAGCGUGGAUUUCAACGUCAGCACGGGAGCACCCCAGUCCACCAACGGGAACAUGCUCUACAUUGGAUUCCGUGGCAUGGACAGCAUACAUUAUGCCACCUCCCCUGAUUCGGGAGUUAUCUGCAGUCGACUGAUGGGUGCAGGAGAGGAGGAUGCCUUACUUCCUGGGGCGCCGGCCUCCACAGUGAGCAGUGGAGACACAGAACUUUCAAAAAUUUUGGACGAGGUGAGGUACAUUGCCAAGCGUUUCCGGGACCAAGAUGAAGAAGAAUCUCUGUGCAAUGAGUGGAAGUUUGCUGCCUCCGUUAUUGACCGUCUUUGCCUCAUGGCCUUCUCUCUCUUCACCAUCCUCUGCACCAUUGGCAUUCUCAUGUCCGCCCCAAACUUUGUGGAGGCUAUCUCCAAAGACUUCUUCACCUAG